AUGACAUCCCAGACUAUCAAGACCCGAUUUCUCGUCCUCUCGGACACUCACGGCGCACUGCUCCCUGAGAACAGAAAGCCUAAAGAGCCUGUCGAUGUUGUUAUUCACUGUGGUAACCUCACCCAAGAGUCCAAGCUAAGGGAAUUCCGAACAGCCAUCCGCCUCCUCAAGAGCAUUGAUGCUCCACUCAAACUAGUCAUCGCCGGCAACCAUGACUUUACCCUUGAUACUCCCACGUUCAGGAGCAAGAUAGAGGAAAUUCAACCAUCUAUUGACAAAGAGCUCAUAGAGCGAGAAUAUGGUGCUUUGGGGGAAGCGAGAAGGCUUCUUGACGAAGCAGCAAAGGAGGAUAUCACGUUCCUUGAUGAAGGCACUCACCACUUUACCCUAGCAAACGGAGCGCACUUGACAGUCUAUGCAAGUCCAUACACCCCGUCUAUCAACAAUUGGGGGUUUCAGUAUGAUCCUAGACAAGGUCAUGAAUGGCCUAUUAACACGGACGUCGACAUUGUCAUGACUCACGGGCCCCCAUUGGGGAUUUUCGACCUACAGGGCAGCCGGCGCAUCGGGUGUCCUCAACUAUUUACAGCAGUCGCAAAUUCAAAGCCUCUACUGCACUGCUUCGGACAUGUUCACAACGACUGGGGCGUAAGGUUAGUCCAAUGGCGCGAAAAGAUUCCCAAUCCGCCAUCUCACUUUACAUCUUUUGAGAAAAAGGAGUCGGUCACAAUCGAGACUCUCAAGACUCUAAAUACUGAAAGAUUUGACACGGUCGAAAUGAUCAUGGAAAAGUACAAAAGGGUGAAGAAAGGUACCAAACACCCUUUGGAGCGUGGUGCCCAGACACUCUUUGUGAAUGCGGCUAUUCAAGGCGCAAAAGAUGAUCCUUUUCACUUUCCCUGGGUUGUUGAGCUUGAUCUUUCCAAGUCCAAGGGUCUUUGCCAGAGUUGCUUGCUUGCUUAG